AUGACAGUAACAGAAAUCCCACCAGCACCACCAUGCUUCUUCUACGGGUCUCUAAUGAACGAAAAAGUCCUCAACGCCGUCACUCGCCCCGGUCCUGACUCCAACACAAUCUUUGCCGUCAAUGCCACCAUCCAGGGCUACACGAGGUUCACAUACCACAACCAACCCUACCCCGGCAUGAUCCCCUCCACAAACCCCCUCGAAAUCGUCUCUGGCCUCCUCGUGUUCGGCCACACCCCGCUAGAACUCCACCGACUCGACGAAUUCGAAGGGCCCGAAUACCCACGCUCCACCAUCCCCGUCCGCCUGUCCUCCGCAGUCCCUUCCACUUACACGAUCGACGGCCGGGUAGAGGGGUACGCGGAGGGCGAGAUGGUGGACGCGUAUGUGUACCUGUUUAGUGGGCCGAUGGAGCAUUUGGAUUUGGAGCGGCCUUGGGAUUAUGAAAAGUUUAAGCAGGAGCAUGUGAAGGAUUGGAUGACGGUCGAUGCGACCUUUCAGAGUAUGGUUGAGCGGUCUGAGAAGGCCAUUAUAUAG